AUUCCGAUGUGAUUUGGCCAGGCAAGAGCCUGAUCGUGUGUACGCGGCAUUACAAAUGGGAACAUGAAAAAUGAAGCAGCCUUUUCCUUCCUUACAGCACCUUAAACUGUCAUAUCGACAGCAAAUAAUGUGACAUGUUUAAAUGUCACUGCAUUGACUUGCCUUUGUUCACAAAGGUUUCUUAAUCACUAUGUCCACAGCAACAGCAUUAUUCAUUUGUUUUAUUGUUUUUACUCGACAAACACAAUCAUAAAUGCAGUUGGCAGCCAAGUGUGUAUAAACCUUGACAAAGCUUAACACGCCUAGCAACACACUCAACACUAGAAUUACAUUGCAAUUUAUUUAUAUAUAUUUAUAUAUAGAUAUAUAUAUUUGUACAACAUAUUGUAGCGUUCUUACAAAUAUUGGGCAUAUUAUAUUUUGUCCCCUGUUACUGCUUGCAAGACGUAUUGGAUGUUCCUCUGUUGGGUUUGCUAUCUUCCCACUGGGUGGAGGCAUGGAGCUACUGUAUGUACCAGUAAAACCAGUACAUGAAGAAUGCACGUCAAAGGCAGACGGAUUGUAAAUAUCAGAACAAGAGUUACCUUAUUAAAUCCUGUACUGACAACCAUAAAGCAAUGUCCACACAAACGAGGAUAAAUGGGUUUACAGCUUGGAUGAAUGUUCGUUUAUUGGAAGUUAAUGGCCGUGUCGAUAAUGUCCUACGUGACUUGUUCCAAGGCACAAGCAUGAAACUCCUUCUUGAAAGUUUCACUGGGAAGCCAUUGAAAAGAUUUGAGAGCUUAGAUGGCCUAACCCAACAGCAAAUAAUUACUAGAGUGGAAUGGUUUGUGGAAGAAAUGAAAAAACAUGAUAUUUUACCUCAAAGUGUUAAUAUCAACUGCCGAAGCAUUGCACUAAGGAACAAAGAUCACCUACUGGAUUUGUUGUGGAAGAUAAUAUCACGCGAUCUUCAGUUCACAUGGGAACGCUCAAGUCAGAUGAUGCACAGUGAUGACAAAGUUGUGUGCUCAGUUCCUUUUAAGUGGACUCCAGAGACACAGCCUCCAGAGAAAAAUAAAUCAGGGUCCAGACCUGUUUUUUCCCUCCUUGGCAGGUUAGAUGCAUUAUCCAAUAAAGCACACUCAGAAGACCCUAAGGAAAGGAUUACCUUAUCAGACAAAACAGACCAGCAUCCUUUUCCAGGCAAUGAGCUCGCACAGAGUUUUGACAGAAAUAUCCCAAAAAAAGGAAGAGGAAGUUAUCCGAGUCCUGAACAAUGCUCACUGCGAAUGGUUAAUGCUCUUCUGAAGGAAGCCUCUAGAGGGGGCGCAGCUGAAAUAAAAAAAGUAGAAGAUUUGGUGCACUGCAGUGUUGUGUGCACCUUGGUCAAUUAUUUUCUUCCGAAGACAUUUUCAGUGGAAGUUAUGCUGGAUGACCGAUGGGCUGUAAACGUUGCUCUGAAGACAUUUGAGGCGCUUCUGUUCAUAACAACAUCUUUCUCCUGUGAUGACCUACUUCAGGGUGACCUCCCGGCUCUUUGUGCCUAUGUGUGCUUUAUUUGUAUGGCUGGAUUUAAAUACAAGCAAAGCAAGAGUGCUGUUAUUUAUGCUAAACAACUAAGUUUCGAAAUUGAAGUUGCAGAGUCUCGACUGAAGAUAUUUUCAUCAAAAAAACUGGAAGUGAGCCAAUUUGCUGAAAAAAAUGCCUUACAGCAGAAGGUGGUAGAAAUGAGAAAUGAGCUGCAAUGGCUUAAAGAAUCAUAUGAUUUGGAACGCUGUCAGAAAUGGGUCAAGCAUGCUUGGAAAGUUCAAAGGAAAACUAAGGACAUUAUACAGCAGAAAAUAAAAGAUCGAUUUGAAAUAGUAGUUGUGCCAAGGCUUUCAAGCAUUGGUGAGCUAUGCUCUGAAAUGGGAAUAAACUUACAGCUAACCCAAGGUUCAGGAUUUUAUCAUGUGUGGCUUAAGCAGACAUUAGAAUCUGACUGCAAGAUAGUGCUUCAAAGGAAGGAUACUAAACGUUACCUUGAAGAUUUUUCUGGAAGUCAAAAUAAAGGUAUGCUUCUUUGUUUCACAGUUGUUAAAACAGGAUUUUUGACUUAUCGUAAAAUCUUUUACUUGGAGUUCAUUAAGGGACACAGGCUUAAUAGGAAUUCUGAGAGGACUGUGUUAUAG